AUGCCCAAGCAUGAUGUGUAUGAGGAUGUUCCCCCUGAGAAUUCCGAUAAGCCCUAUAACACCACCGCAUUAUGGCCGCUUGGAGAAAACUGGAUGGCAUUGGCUGAGAUGUUUCGAAUAGAGACAUAUGAAUUCUCCUAUCCCUACUCCAAUGUCGAAACACCCGGAAGCGAAACCCAACUUCGCUGGCAAAACUUCCAAUUUGCCAUUGCACGACUCACCUCGUCGGAGCUGAUCAACUGUGGCUUCCUCUGCGCCUUCGCCGACAUUCUCCCAUCCGGCCAGAGCUAUCCCGACUUCGAGAAACGCAAGGUAGGAAGACCAUAG